AUGGAUUAUUAUCUACGGCGUCGGUUGACGAAUGAUUUACUCGAACAAGCAAUUGAUAUUGAAAGACAACGUGAAAAUGAACUUCGACGACAUUUUCAAUCGAUAAUGCGUGAUUAUUCCGAACGACGAAAUAGUCGGUCACAGUCAUACAGUCGAGACAGCCAAUAUCGGUACGAUCCGUCAAGAUUUCGUGAAGAACAAUCAAGACAUAGAUCGGGCAGCAGUUCUCAAUGUUACAGUCAUCGCCAUCGGACGAAUCGACAUAGUGAAUCAAGAGAAUGUUCUUUAGUGACAAUCACAUAUCGCAAUGCCAAAGCGAAUAAGCAUGGCGAUGAAAUCAUGAUUGUUCAACGUGGGAAAACAGUUUUCAAAGGCUGUUUGAAAUAUGGAGAUCGAUUAACACUGAAAUCGAAACGUUAUCAUAAUGAUGGAAGAAUUCAUUUCGAAUUUUUCAUCAAUGAUUCACUUGAAGAUCGAAUGAUUGCUUGUUGUGAACAUUCAUUGAUAAGUAAAGAUAAAAAUCAUCUUUUCUGCAUUGAACGUGUUGUCGGCUCACAACCUUGCCAUGAAUGUGAAUUGAAUAGCUCAUCAAGUUCAUCAAGUCCAUCUCCUGCACCACGACGAAAUCAUUCAUAUGCAACGAUAAAACGAUCAUCAUCAUCAUUAACGAGCCUAGAGCAGUGUGAAAAACAAACUGUUCAAGUAACUCGUAAAUCGAAGCCGCCUAUUUCAUUAAAUAAUCGACAACGAAAAGCCGAGAGUAUCCACUCAGAUUCACAUUCGAUCUCCAAUGAUCGAAAAACUGAAAGAAAGAAACCAACAACACUCACAAUUCCUUCACGUGAUAACGACAAAGCCUUAAGCGAAGGGUUUUCGGCAGACAUUUCUGAGCUAUCGGAAACACAACCGAUAAAAUCACACUCCGCCGAAGAAUUUUCAGCAAGUUUUCUACCGACUUUACCGUCAACAGAUCUUGAAUCGCCAACACCACAGUCAACAGCGCCGCCGUUGCCGCCGAAACGAAUAUACGGUCCUCCACAACUAUCAGCAAUGUUAUCUGUUUCCGAAUUACUCGAUUCUGCAUACGAAACACCGUUGGACACACAUGAAGAAACCAUGGAAAGUCCACGAAACACAAAAUCAGAAUCAUUAAAUAUCCAAAAGAAGAAAGAUUCUCACUCUGAUUCAGAUAAUGAUGAUCAUCAUCAACACGAAUCGAAUCAAUCUAAUGUCACUGUUCAAUUCCUUCGAACAUUAUCGUCACACGUCGAUACUAAUCAAAGCGAUCAAUUAAUGCAACCAAUGUCUGCACUCAGUAAUAAUUCUGCUCCUCACACAUCGAUCGUAGAUGAUGCAACGCAAGCAUUAUUGACACGACUCGGAAUUAUGCGACAACAACAAGUUGAACGUCCAGAAUCGAUCAUUGGCAGUGGUCCUCGAGAAAGAGGCAAUGUGGAAUAUUUUAUUCUUGUGUAUUUACAUUCUACUCCUCCCGAUGAAUCAACUAUAAAACAUCUUCGUAGUCUAGUAAAUUUCAUAAAAGUCUUCGAUGAUGUCGAUGAUUGCACGGCUUUUAUCAAUGGAGUAUCUAAUGAAAAAGUUAUUUUCAUUCUCUCGGAUGCAUUUAGCACUUCGAUUCUGUCACGCAUUAAAGAUCUACAACAAGUUUUUACAGUUUACAUCUUAGUUGAUGAUAAUCAUGAACAAAUCAAUUCUGAUAAACAAUCGAAAGUCAAAGGAUAUUGUCAAGACAUCGAAGAAGUUUACAAACAAGUUGCUCGCGACAUCAAUGAUAUUACACGUGAUUUAAUCGCUUAUAUGAAUAUACCAUCGAGCUCUUCUAUGGCAGAUCCAAUGUUUAUUUAUUGUCAACUAAUUAGUGAAGUUAUUCUUGAUGAUGAAGAAACAGAAUUUGCUUUGAAAGAAUUGAUUAGCUUUUCUCGCCAAGAAUAUGAAGGAAAUGAUGCUGAAUUAGUGAUUAUUGAUGAGUUCGAAAAUGAUUAUGAAAAAAGUCGAGCUAUUUGGUGGUUUACAAGACAAUGUUUUCUUUCCAAAAUGUUGAACAAAGCACUUCGUGUACCGGAAGCUGAUGUUCUAUUCAACCUUCGUUUAUUUAUUCAGCAUCUAUAUCACCAAAUAUCCAAUGAAUCAAUAUCGAUUCCAACAGGAGAAGAUUUUCUUGUUUAUCUUGGUCAAACAAUUCAUCAAAAUGACCUUGAAGAUUUACAAAAAAAUUCUUCAACUAACGAUUUACUUGUCUUUAGUCAAUUUCUAUCUGGAACAACUGAUCUUUCGAAAGCAAUUCAAAUUGCACGAAGCCUCCCGACUUUAUCCGAAGAAUAUAUUCCUGUUAUUCUUCAUUUCAAUCUAACAUCUAAUACAAAGUAUGCGAAUACAAGUUCACUUCGUUACGGAGUUAAUGAUGACAAUGAUGUUCUAUUAAAUAUCGGUCUGAUGGGACGAAUCAUACAAAUCGAGAAGGUUCAUCAAAAUGAGAAUAAUAUUGCAUCCAUUUAUUUAACGUUAGUGGAAAUUAAAAAUGAACGAAUUUUACAACAACUCCUGCAAGCCAAACGCAACGAAGUGAAGGGCGCUGCACCAUUUGUUACUUUGAUUAAAUUAAUGAUGCUGAUGGGACAACAAGCACGAGCAGAACAACUAGUUCAAAUGAUAUUUGAUGAUGAAACAUUGAAAACCGACCCAAAUCUUCAAGGUUCAGUGGCAGCAUCGUGUCACAUACUUGGUGCAACGUGUCAUGCACGUGGUGACCAUAAACGUGCUGUCGAGUUAUUCCAUUUGUCAUUAGCGACCUUUCUUCGCUUUGUUCCAGCUGAUUCAGUACAAUUGUCUCCAACAUAUAAUAAUAUCGGUUCAAUGUAUUUUCGUCAGGAAGAAUAUGAUAAAGCAAACGAAUACCAUCAAAAAGCGCUCGAUGUACAGAUUAAUUCUCAAAAUCCGAAUUUGAACGCAAUUGCAUCGUAUUCAAAUAAUAUUGGAGUUGUACAAUUGAAGCAGGGAAAUUAUCAAGAAGCAGCUAAGUCAUUUGAACGUGCAUUAAAAAUCCUUCAACAAAUUAAUCAACCAAAUGAUCCAGAUCUUGCAUCAACUUACGAUAAUUUGGCUGACGCAUAUCUUUUACAAGAAAAGUUAGACUUGGCUUUGACAUAUUAUAGCAAAGCUCUCGAAAUUCAACGUCUUGUUCAACCUCGAAAUCCUCAAGCACUAGCUUCGUUCAACAAUAGUAUCGGGAAUAUUUACAAUAAAAUGCAUCGAUACGGUGAUGCACUUGUCCAUUUUAGACGCGCUCUAGACUGUCAAUUAGAAUAUUUACCUGCCACUCAUCCGUCAUUUGCAUCACUCUAUAAUAACAUAGGUUCUAUGUAUUAUCGGCAAGAACAAUAUGCUGAUGCGUUACCAUGCUACUUAAAAAGUUUAGAAAUUGAAUUAAUGGCACUACCAGAAAAUCAUCCAACCAUUGCAGUAACACAUUUCAACAUUGCAACAACAUAUACAGGUUUAGGAAGAUUUGAAGAGGCUAUUGCAUCUACAGAAAGAUCAGUUGAACAGCUAUUAAAAACUUUACCUCCGAAUCAUCCAGAAGUGGUAGAAAACCGUGCUUAUAUCGUAACAAUAAAGCGGAAACAAAUGCUCAAAGGGCUUUUUGAUACAAAUUCAACUGAAUUGUAG